AUGAUGAUCAUCAAUGACAAACGACAUGAAACAAUAGAGAAGGGGCAAAUUUACAAGGACAAAGAAACAUUGAUAAGUACACUAUGCUACUUUGCAAUCAAGAAGACAUUUCAAUACAAAGUAGUGAAAUCUUGCACAAAAGAAUACAACAUAGUGUGUUUGGACACAAACUGCAAAUGGAGUUUAAAGGCUACAAAAAAUGGAAACACAGAAACAUUCAUAAUAAGGAGCUACGAAGAAGAACACACAUGUGCAGUUACAAUAAGAUUUGGAGAUCAACGACAAGCUACAUCAAAGUUGAUAGCAGAUUUUGUAAAACCAAAAUUCUUGAACCUGAAAACAAAGUGCAGCCCUGCAGACAUAAAGACAGAAAUGAAAGACAAAUACGGAAUAAAGAUGAAUUACAUGAAAGCAUGGCGUAGUAAAGAGCGAGCACAAACCCAGCUACAUGGAAAUGCUAAAGAGUCGUACAAUCUCUUGCCAAGAUACCUGUACAUGCUACAGAAAACAAAUCCAGGAACAUUAAUAGACAUAGAGAAAGAUGAUGAUGACAGUUUCAAAUAUACAUUUGUUGCAUUGAAUGCUGCUAUAAAAGGUUGGCCAAACUGCAAACCAAUCAUCGUGGUAGACGGUACAUUCCUAAAGGCCGCGUAUGGAGGCACGUUGCUCACUGCCAACACACAAGAUGCAGAAUCGAAAAUUUUUCCACUAGCAUACUGCAUAGUUGAUUCUGAGAACGAUAAAUCGUGGGAGUGGUUCUUAAAAAAAAUAAAAGAAGCAUUCGGGGUUCGAGAAUGUCAAUGCCUAAUAUCAGACAGACAUGAAAGCAUCAUCAAAGCAACUAGGAAAGUGUUCCCUGAAAUAACACAUGGCUACUGCAUCUUCCACCUCUUGUCGAACCUCAAAACAAAAUUCAAAAAAAAUGCAAAGCAUUUCAGAGUGCCAUUCUUUGCAGCUGCAAAAGCUUACACAGAAAUGGAGUUUGAAUUCCAUAUGAGGGAGCUAGACAACUUGGAUAAGCGCAUAAGACCGUACCUGGAAAAAAUUGGCCAUGAAAAAUGGUCAAGGUAUCAUUCAGAAAACAACAGGUACUCUACCAUGACAUCAAACAUAGCUGAGGCACUGAACUCAGCAAAUUUAGCAGCAAGGGAAACACCAGUGACAACAUUAAUGGAGUGCUUGAGGGCACAAAUGCAAGAGUGGACAUACAAUAAUAGAAAGGAGGCACAAAAAUGCACAACAAGGCUGACACCAUCAUCUGAGAAAAAACUCAUAGGGAACUAUGUACAGUCAUUGCGACUAACAGUGAAACCAGCAAACCAAAACCUGUUUGAGGUGAUAGAUGAAGACAGAACAAGAAUAGUAAACUUGAAGGAGAAGACGUGCACAUGCAAUAGAUUUCAAAAAGAUGAAAUGCCAUGUAACCAUGCAGUCGCCGUCAUGAAGGACUUGAACAUAAACACAUACAACUACUGUGCACAAUACUACACAUCAAAAGCAUGGCUGCAAACAUAUGAAGAAACAGUAUACCCAGUUGGAAACGUAAGAGAAUGGGAACUUCCAGAAUUUUUUGAAGACAUCAUAGUGUUGCCUCCAAAGGAGAGAAUCAAGUCUGGAAGGCCGAGGAAAAGAAGAAUGGCAGCAGCUUGGGAAACAAAGAAACAAAACAAGUGUGGCAAGUGUGGACAAAAGGGACAUAACAUAAAGACCUGCAGAAGAAUUACAGCAUAGAAGUGGAAACAACUACACAUCAACCAAAAAACAACUAUAUUAAAACAUUUAGAAAACACAUACUGCAUAUUACGAUUGGUUGUUACAUAUAUUUUUUUAUUGUGAUUUUUUAUGUGGAGAGAUAUUGAUAAUAGGGAAUUGGUAUUAUUAUCAUUAAUAUACAAAAGAACAUCAAAUAUUAUAGUUAAAUAAUUAAAUGAGUGGAAGAAGGUUGAAA